GUUACCCUUGUCAACUAAUGAGCUAGGUGUAAUAAAAGAUAAAUGCAAUAAAAAUUAAUCGCACAUUUGUUAUAAAAAAGUGAAAUCGAAGUCAGUUCGUAUAUCGAUGUUAAUAUCUAAACUGUAAAAAUUAAGUGAAAAAAUACUGUAUUUGAAUUAAUAAUAAGAUAAACUGCAUUUGAGUUUUUUCUCGUUAACAUUGUGGAAAGAAAGUGAAAGGAUAAAAUAAAAAAAUACAUAUAAGCUUUCUCGAUAAGUGCAGUGCGUCACCGUUUAUUUUUGCAAUCAUGGGAGUUGUCGACGGUUUCAAGGGAGCAGGGUUGUUCGCUAAGAUAGCCUUCGGUUUAUUACUGGUGGCGACAUUGUUCGCAUGGAUAGCUUACACGUGCACCGGGUGGGGAGAAGCAACGUCAGGCACAAAUGAAGGCAGGCAUUAUGGGUUAUGGAGAAGUUGUUCAGAUGAUAAGUACACUCCUACCUGUAUACAACUUGAUGGAUGGGCCAAUGAUUGGUAUGCAACCUGCCAGGCAUUCGUAACGUUCGGAUUUUUUGGUAUAAAUGUGGGUCUAUUUUUGCUGAUCCUGUACAUGUUUGUUCCAAGUUGCCUAAAGAAUGGAGAGAUUGGCAUGGCAGCCGCAAUUGUUUGCAUAGUAACAGGAGUACUGUAUCUAAUAGGAGUGAUCGUGUAUGGUGCCAAGUUUGAUAAGGAUUACAUUGACCCUGGAAGCAAUAAUCCAACGUGGGGAGAUUUUGAACUAGGUUAUUGCUUUGGGUUAUCCAUCGUUGCACUCAUUCUGGAAAUUGUUGCAGGAGUUUUGAUUUUCCUCGACUCAAAGAAAGGCGGUACCUCCCCGUCCGCAUAAUGACUACAACUUUUAGAUUUAUUUAAAUUAUUUAAUACCGUGAUAUAUUUAUUACAUCGAACAUUUACCAUAUUUAGGUAUUUGUUACAAAUUUGUAAUUACAUUGUAUUUCAUCAUUAAAGGCACUCCACUGAGGUCGAAAGCCUUGAAAUAUAAAAUUUGAAUUUCUUACAUAGAUCAACUGGGGCACUUUAAACAAAAACAAAACAUAUCCCCCCGCCAAAAAAAAAUAAAAAAAUCAACAGCUACAAAUAUACUUAGAAAUAGAUUGGAAAUCGUAUUUUUAUGCUUUUCUUACCCCGAUUUAAGUGAAGGCGUUGCAACGUUUUUCAAGAUUGGAACAUUUUUCACAAUUAUUAUUAUUAAGGUAAAACGGAGUGAGCGCAAAAUUUUCACACAAGUUAGGGGUCCAGGCCUUCAUCAAAUGAAGCAUUAAUCUCGAAAAAAAUCUAGUCUCGUCAUGUCAAAAAAAUCCCCAACAAACUCAGUGGAGUCCCUUUAAAAGCAUACGUCUGAUUGGAUUAGAUUUAGAAUGAUGCUCAUCAUUUAUGAUAAGAGCUACUGGUUUGAUUUGCUGGAAGAUAUCUUAGUAUAAAGUCGUCAAUUUGCGAUGUUUAUUAUCUUAGUCUACAUGGUCUAUGGUACCUGGUUUGAUAAACUAAGCUGGCAGCAAGCGUAAAUACGAGCGGUGAUCAGAAUUAAAGUACUAGUACAUGUACGUAGACUUUUGUCGCACGCUUUUUACAAAAUAAUACGAGGACUUUGGUGAAUAAAAUACACAAUAUAUUAUAUAGGAGUAUUAUAUGUUAUAUGAAUUUACAAAGAUUUUUACAUCAUUCUGUUUUUGUUAAUAAAGUGAAGAAGAUCAUGUAUAAAUACUUGGAUAUCUAUGUAA